AAAGAAAAUUAUAUACUUUUGUGGAAAUUCCAUGGGAUUACAACCAAGACGUUUAAAUGCCUAUUUAAAUGACAUAUUAAAUCAAUGGAGAAAUUUAGGUGUAUUAGCCUAUCAUUAUGGUGAAUUGCCAGCAUCACAUUGUGAUAAACAAUUAUCCAUUGAUUGUGCUCAAUGGAUUGUUAACUCUAAACCAAGUGAAGUUAGUAUUACUUGUAAUUUAACAGUGAAUAUGCAUGCAUUGAUUGCUAAAUUCUACAGACCAAAAGGUGCGAAACACUGUGUACUAAUUGAAGAUGGAAUCUUUCCAAGUGAUUAUUAUGUGCUUGAAUCACAAAUUAAUUGGCAUGGUUUAAAUCCGAAUGAUUGUAUUAUUAAAUUGAAACCACGUAUUAAUGAAUAUUGUUUAAGAAAUGAAGAUAUUUUCCACGAAAUCCAAAAAAAUCAACAUAGAAUUGCAUUGAUUUGGUUACCAGGAGUACAAUACGUUACAGGACAAUUAUUCAAUAUGAAAUUAAUUACUGAAUGGGGUCAUCAAUACUGUAAAUGUCCAGUAGGAUGGGAUUUAGCACAUGCUGUUGGUAAUAUUCCUUUAUUUCUGCAUGAUUGGGAUGUUGAUAUGGCUGUAUGGUGUUCAUAUAAAUAUUUAAAUGGUAGUCCCGGUGCUAUGGGAGGAUUGUUUAUUCAUGAAAAACAUCAUCAUCAAGAAUCAAGUUAUGGACCGAAAUUUAAUGAGUCCAACGAUGUCAAUAGUAGUGAUAAUACAAUAAUUACUGAUAUAUCUGGUCCCCAGCUAACCGGUUGGUGGAGCCAUAGAACUGAAACGCGAUUCGAUAUGACUGGACAUAUGGAAUUAGCGAAAGGUGCUGAUGCCUAUCGAUUGUCUAAUCCACCAUUAUUAUUAGCUGCAGCUUUGACGGUCAGUAUCGGUAUUAUCAAAUCAUGUGGCGGUAUGAAUAAUUUAAGAGAGAAAUCAAUCAAACUAACUAAUUACCUUGAAUAUCUAAUUACAGAGAGUCCAUUAGCUCUAACUAGUGAUCAAUAUGGUAUAGUUACACCAUCGAGUUCAGAGGAACGUGGAGCACAGUUAACAUUGAGUUUUAAUCAUGUAAACGUUAAAAAACUAUAUGAAAAUUUAUUGAGAUUAGGUGCAAUAUGUGAUUAUAGACUGCCGAAUUUUCUGCGUAUUACACCGAUACCAUUGUAUAAUAGUUUUGAAGAUGUUUAUAUGUUUGUAAAAUGUCUUCGUCAAGCGUUGUAUGACACUGAAUCAGUUUAAUUUAUGUAUAUAUGUGUUAUAAAAAUACAAAGGAAUCAAAUAAAACCUUCA